AUGUCGAAGCUUCUUGCAGCGAGCGUGGCUCUUUCCCUUCUCGCUUUGGGAAGGCCCAGUCUGGACUCUCCGGCCAGCCAACACCAGCGGCAUCUGCAUGUGGACUCACCGCUUGGAGGUAUCGGUCCGGAAGAUUUCUUCAACUGCACGAAGAUUUUCCUGGACUUGGGUGCAAAUCGGGCGACCCAUGUCCGGAAGCUUUUCGAGCCUCUGAAGUACAAGGGAGCCAAGUACCUGAAAGUAUUCAAUGAAUUCUUUGGCAGAGCUGCGUAUCGCGCAAAACCUUCGCGCCACACAGGAAUCUGUGCCUUCGCCUUUGAAGCAAAUCCGAGGUGGAGGGAUCGUCUUCGCGAAAUUGAACGGGCCUACUCGGCAAAAGGCUGGCGAGUGAGGCUAUUUAAUGUGGCUGUUAGUGGCAGUGACCCUGGCCAGCUGGUCUUCUUCAACAAUAACGAGGGCUCCGACAGCGACUGGGGCUUCAGCCUUUUUCGCUACUCAAACUACAGAAAACCGGGGAACAAGACGGUCACGGUGGCAGCAUUGGAUUUCAGCAAAUUCUUGCAGCUCUUGAAGGACCAUGCUCCACCAGGGAAGCGAUUGAUGAAGCUGGAUAUUGAAGGAGGCGAGUUUGAGCUUCUACGAUCCCUCAUUGACAAACAGCUCUUUUGCAAUAGCAUCGUUGACUUGAUCACCCUGGAAUGGCAUCUGGAUUCAGGACUGAACACCUCCCUGGGCACCAGUAGAAACAUUUGGUAUAGGCAGAUCUACAACGAGGUGAUGAGGGGAAGAGCUUGCCACGGAAAGCCACCUAAAAUCUGGUUGUUCGACGAUGAGGAGCAUCUGAUGGAUGGCCAGCCGCUGCCAGCGUGA